AUGAAGACUGAGCAACACUACACUCUUCUACUUUCCCUUCUUCUUUCAGAAAAACCCGAAGAUGAAACUGUGGAUUUUCUCUCUCCUGAACUUCCUGUGACCUGUGGUGAAGCCAAAGGGAUUUUAUAUAAGGAGAAAUUGAAACAAGGAUCCUCAGAGAAGUGCAUUCGGAAUGAGGCAGGGGUCUGGUUCACACCAAAAGAAUUUGAAAUCGAAGGAAAACGGGCAAAUACAAGGAAAUGGAAGCAGACUGUGCAUUGCAAAGGAAAGACCUUAGAAGAGCUGCUGAAGAAAGGACUUUUGCUCUGUCCUCCAAGAAUAAGUGUCAAGAGAGAGUGGGAAAACUCCAAGGAAUGUGAGGUGUGCUGUAGAGGGGGACCACUGCUCUGCUGUGACACUUGUCCAAGAGCCUUUCAUGAGGACUGUCACAUCCCGUCUGCAGAGGCGGAGAGGAGCCCAUGGAGUUGCACCUUCUGCAGGAUAAAAGAGUCUUCGGGAAGGCAGCAGUGUCACGGGGAAUCUGAGGCCCUGGAGAGGCAGAUGCAGCCUGAGGAGCAGUUGAAAUGUGAGUUCCUCCUCUUGAAGGCCUACUGUCAUCCACAAAGCUCCUUUUUUGCAGAAACCCCACCUAAUAUUCGAGAUUAUGGAGAGCCCUUUAAGGAAGCCAUGUGGUUGGACCUGGUUAAGGAACGGUUGACUGAGAAAGUGUACACAGUGGCGUGGUUUGUUCGCGACAUGCGCCUGAUUUUUCGCAACCAUAAAGCAUUUUACAAGGCUUCCGACUUUGGUCAGAUAGGACUGGACUUGGAGGCAGAAUUUGAAAAGGACCUCAAAGAGGUGUUUAUUUUUUGCAAAGCCAAUGAAAACAGCUUCCAGACUCUUUGACCCUGUUCUAGAAAGACUAAGGCACCCCAACUUCAGGAUCCGGAUGACAUGACCCUGGCCAUCUUUAGACAGUCAAUGAGUCUGGGAUGCUAUUGGUAGCCCUCUUGACUCAAAGCCAGAGCCUUCAUACCAUCAUCAUGCCUUCCUUUUUGUUGUUGUUUCUUUCUACACCUAAAAGAAGUGUGUGUGUGUGUGUGUAAAAUACACCUCUAAUCCCCAGCCAACACCACAGGCCUCUUCCUUGCCAAUAUGUCCAUCUCUCUUCUCCCACAGUUAUCUAUUCUCAUUUGCUCAACUAAACUACAAGGAUAAUAGCUUCAGAAUCUCUACAGUCCUACCACUAUGAAAAAGAAACUAAGUUGAAUCCUAAAUUGUGUGGAAAUUAUUUU